UCCUGUUUCCAGCGUAAACAUACUUUUUGCCUGUCAAGAAGCUGCUUUGUUCCUAGCAGUUUGUCCUCUUCUCAUCCCAAAUUUUUGAAUCUUUAUUUAACGUAAAGGGAUCGCAUUUAAAGGCAGUCAAGAUGAUGCUCUCACGCUCAAAGCCAGCGACCCAGACCAGUACCUCAACUCCUGCCAAAGAAAACAAGAAGAAAAAGAAGAUGCCUAAACUUGAUGACUUUCUGGCUGCGAGGGACUAUACUGGUGCAAUCACUCUGUUGGAGUUCAAUCGUAACAGUGGUAAAGGAAAUGACGAAACAGAUCUGUGGAUAGCAUAUUGUGCUUUUCAUCUUGGAGAUUAUAAGAGAGCUAUGGAGGAGUAUGAGAGGUUGACACGGCGUGAUGGGUGCCACCCAGAUGUCUGGACUAACUUGGGAUGCUGCUACUUCUUCCUUGGCAUGUACCCAGAGGCUGACGAAGCUGGCGCUAAAGGUCGUAUGGAGCAUGGGGAUGAUGGGACAGACCAAGCCCCGAAGAGCCGUCUUCAGAACCGCUUGUUGUUCCAUCUGUCUCACAAAUUCAACGACGAGAAGAGGUUGAUGGGUCACCACCAGGGUUUACAGGAUAUGAUCGAGGACCAGCUGUCAUUGGCUUCCAUUCAUUACCUGAGGAGUCACUAUCAGGAGGCGAUUGAUAUCUACAAGAGAAUAUUACUAGACAACAGGGAAUUUCUGGCGCUAAAUGUUUAUAUUGCACUUUGUUACUUCAAGUUAGACUACUAUGACGUCUCAAUGGAAGUUUUAGCUGUGUAUCUGCAACAGUUCCCUGACAGUGCCAUUGCCUUGAAUCUGAAAGCCUGCAAUCACUUUAGGCUGUACAAUGGAAAAGCAGCUGAGGCCGAGUUAAAGGCUUUACAGGAUAUGGCAUCACCCUCCUUCAUGUUUGCACGCGAUCUCAUCAAACACAAUCUGGUGGUGUUCCGUGGUGGCGAGGGUGCCCUCCAAGUGUUACCCCCUCUUAUUGAUGUCAUCCCAGAAGCUAGACUUAACCUUGUCAUCUACUACUUAAAACAAGACGACAUAUCGGAAGCAUACAAUCUGAUCAAAGACCUGGAGCCGACCACACCUCAGGAAUACAUACUGAAGGGAGUGGUCAAUGCUGCACUUGGACAGGAACAGGCAUCACGUGAACACUUGAAGAUUGCCCAGCAGUAUUUCCAGUUAGUUGGCGGCUCUGCCAGUGAAUGUGAUACGAUCCCCGGUCGACAGUGCAUGGCUUCCUGCUUCUUCCUCCUCAAGCAGUUCGAAGAUGUGCUUAUCUACCUCAACUCAGUCAAGAGUUACUUCUACAAUGAUGACAUGUUCAACUUCAACUAUGCCCAGGCGAAGGCAGCAGUUGGCAACUUCAAGGAAGCUGAGGAGGUGUUCAUGCUCAUCCAAAGUGAUAAGAUCAAGGGUGACUACACGUAUCUCAGCUGGUUGGCUAGGUGUUACAUCAUGAACAGGAAGGCGCGACUGGCGUGGGAGCUAUAUCUGAAGAUGGAAACCUCAGGAGAAUCAUUCAGUCUCCUGCAGCUGAUUGCCAAUGACUGCUACAAGAUGGGUCAGUUCUACUAUGCUGCCAAGGCAUUUGAUGUUCUGGAGAGGCUUGACCCAAAUCCUGAGUACUGGGAAGGCAAGCGAGGAGCGUGUGUGGGCGUGUUCCAACUCAUCAUUGCUGGACAUGAACCAAGGGAUAAGCUGCGGGAGGUCAUGCAAAUCUUGCGCAACACAAGUAACCCACAGGUUGAGUACAUCGUCCGGACGAUGAAAAAGUGGGCCAAAGAUAACCAGAUGAAUAUCUGAGCUGCUGCUGCUGCUGCUACAUAAGAGACUGAGAUUAACAUCCCAUCAUCUGAUGAUACACCAUCCACUCAAAAUAUUCAUGCCAUUUGUUUAUUUGGGAGUCAUCCAAACUGAUCACAAUUUCUUUUAUGAGAAUCUUGGGCACACUGUCCGAGAAUACAGUCCGUCCAAAUGAUGGUGUCCUCUUUAAUGUCCUUGUUCACCACUUUCUUGGUUAAUAAUGAUCAUAUUUGGAUGAUUCCUACUUCAUUAUAAUGUAAUGCAUUUGACUUAUGGACUGCAAAAGCACCACAUGGCUUUCUUGUACACUUACUUACAUAUAUGAUAUGGUGAAUUCUAUACCUUCCGCUACCUUUAACUAUGGAGCUUUGUGUGUGCUUUGUUUAUGCUUUCCAUAAAUCUGUCUUUCUGAAACUUUUGACCUGAAUAUGGUCAGUUUAUAUAUGCACCUUAUGUUUCUUACUGCUUGUGACUUGUAAUAUAGUUUUUUUCAGAUUUCGCAACCCAUUUUCUAGAACACACCACAUCUUGUCUUGACAGUGAAGACCCUGCACAAAACUCAACUGUAAAAAUCAACACCAUAUCUUUGAAUUUUGGCUUUUUGCAGGGAAACAUUGCGAGAUGUGGUGGUAAUGCUGAGAAACACAGGCAACCCACAAGUAGAGUAUAUUCUGAGAGUCAUCAAGAAAUGGGCAAAAGAGAACCGCAUUCCACUGUAAACUUGCUGGUGUGUUCUCGUAUUAACCUCGCCCUAUGUUGUCAAUCUGCAUUCUGGAAUGAGGUUGUGUAAUGUAGGCUGUUGUUCAGUCCUUCUCCGCUUACCAUGAAAGCAUUGGAAGUGUACAUCUCGGUGAAUACAAUUGCGACCUUAUGUGAAUUUCUUUGAUGGACUGCCUCUGACUGCAUCGACUUCUGUCCACCUCAGUACAACUACAAGCUUUUUGUGGUCCAUGAGUUGUUGUGUGUUUUGUCCCAAAAAUCUUCAUCUAAUUGUGUGACCCAUUGUGUACAUGUACUGUACUGUCCCUUUCUAGAGCACAAGCCCAAUGUCGUUGAAAGAACUCAUUGUGUGAGUUACAUGUACUGUGAACCUAUUUGUAGUGGGGUCUGUUGCUAAUGGUGAACAAGUCGACAGGCAGCAACAGCUUGCCUGUAGACUACCUUUGAUGAAGCCACUUUAUAUAACAACCAGCUUGAACCUUCAAGGGUUGAAGUGUCCCUUUGAUGUACAUGUAUCAACUCAUAUUGCCAAGUUUCAAAUCAUAAUUCCGUCCAAAUGGUGUCCCUCUGUGAGUCUUAAGAAAAUGAGAGAAGUGUGGCUUGCAUUGAGCAGUGUUACCAGAGAUUAAAAAAGUUGAAGACCUUUACGAAGGAGUUCAUCCUUCCAAAGUGGCCUGCCUUUUCCAAAGCUGUUACAAGUUCCUAGCAUCUUGAAAGUCUUGUAAAUACAGUACAACCUCUCUAUUGCGAACACCAUAUUUCAUAUUCGAUUUAGUUUUUCCAAAAAGUGGAUUCAUGUGUAUAAACACGGGGGUCGUGAACCCUACAUAUUACAUUAUUCCAUUUAGUUUUAAAUAUUAACUAUUUCAAAUAAUUUGAUGCCAUUUAUAUGCAAACUUGAAAUUGCUUUAUUGUAAUACCUUAUGGCAUUUUCUAGUGGAGGUAAUAUUAAUUUGCCAACAUUUACAUAUGCAGGUUAUGUUGGUACGCUACAUACUACAUAGACAGCGUACGUACAUGUACAUCCUUAAUUCGUUGUAUUCUAGGAGGUUCUACUCUAUGUAGUAUUUUUGUACAUUGUCAAUGUAUGUAAUGUUUAUUACAAUAAAUUAUGUGAACUCAA